UGAGGGCGGGGCCUAGUUCCCGGGAGACGGGACGGAGCGCCCCUAAGGGCGUGUGUGGUGUACGUGUGUGGUGUUGUCUGUGGUAGAGUUCGCUCUAAGGGAGAUAUUUAGAUCCCCCUAGGGGAGAUAAGACAAACAGCCCCGAAGAUUAUAUAAGAUUCUGCGCUCCGCAGUAAAUACCGGCAGAUGAUCUAGUCCGGCCGAGUCACCUGGGGAGUGAAGGGCAAACGGCAUGCGCAUGCGCGCAGGCGCCGCCGGGGGGCGGGAGCCCGCCGAGCCCCUUCCCCAAAGCGGUGAAGAUCGUUGCUAGGAAGAACUCUGGGUACCUGUAUGAACAUAAUGCAUGUGAUGAUGGCUCCGAUAUUGAGAUCACAUCUGAUAAAUAUUUCAAUGAUUCCAAGUCGAAUGAAAAUGCUCCCGCAUCUUGAUCUCAUUAGAAAUAGAAUGAUGUCAACCUUUAUAUCUAAAAAGAAGAUCAAAGAAUAUUAUAGGCUGCUGAAUUUGCAGGAAGGUUGUUCCGCAGAUGAUGUCAGGGAAUCUUUCCAUAAGCUGGCCAAGCAGUACCAUCCAGACGGGGGUUCUGAUACAGCUGAUGCUGCCACAUUUAUAAAGGUAGAAGAAGCUUAUCGGAAGGUGCUUUCCCAUGUGACAGAACAAACUAAGACCAGAAAGAGUAAAGUUGCAGAAGCAGAAGAGGAGGAGGAAAAGUUCGGAUAUAAAACACCCCAACACCGGCACUACUUAAGUUUUGAAGGUGUUGGUUUGGGAACCCCAAGCCAACGAGAGAAGCAAUAUAGGCAAUUUAGAGCAGAUCGUGCAACUGAGCAAGUGAUGGAGUACCAAAGGCAGAAACUAGAGAAGCAGUAUUUUGCCCAUAGUUUAACUGUGAAAGAUGUAAGACAGAGUAAACAACAAAAAAUCACUCAAGCGAUCGAGCGUUUAGUGGAGGAUCUCAUUCAAGAAUCAAUGGCAAAAGGAGACUUUGAUAAUCUUAGUGGGAAAGGAAAACCUCUUAAAAAAUUCUCUGGCUGUUCGUAUGUUGAUCCCAUGACUCACAACCUCAACAGAAUAUUGAUAGACAAUGGAUACCAACCAGAAUGGAUCUUAAUGCAAAAGGAAAUAAAGGAUACUAUUGAUCAACUCCGAAAGGCAAUCUUAGUGUCAAGGAAAAAAUUUGGGAAUCCAAUGACCCCCACUGAACAGAAACGGUGGGACCAAGUUUGUGAGGAGUUUCAAGAAGACAUCAAAAAGCUUAAUAAGAGAAUUAAUGAUUUUAAUUUAAUUGUUCCCCUCCUGACGAGGCAGAAAGUCCACUUUAAUGCACAGAAAGAAAUUGCCAGAGCCGAGGAAACAUAUGCAGCCCUUAUGAAAACACAGGAAGUCACAGAAAAAAAGGCAGUUGACUCUGACCAGGAAGAAGGGGAGAAAACGCCUGUGGUCAAGACAAGUUUCUUUAACUGGAUGAAUGUAUGGAAAUUCAUUAAAACAUGACUUUUUCAAUAUUGACAACCACAAUAAUGACCCACAUCAUUUGCAGCCUGACUGACAUUAUCCGUGGAGGUUUAUUGCUGUAAUACAAGCAUCUGAGAACUGUGUCUCUGUCCAUUUCCAAAACAAAUCACAUCCUCAUGAGUUGUGAAGAAAAAAAAAUGGACCAUAAGAAACAGCUGCACCAGCCAAAGCCAGCUUUGCUUCAAGGCUAUAACAAGGAAAGAAAAUUUCUAAGAAAAUGUACUGGAUCCAUUUUUGAGUUUAUUAGUCUUCAAUGAAAUCUGACAGGGAUCCAAGAGCUUUCAGAAGUCUCACUGCAAUUCUCAGCUCUGAUAACGUGCAAAGAGUUGUUUGCUAUUUUCAAACACAGUCUUGAACAUCAGCACCAGCGACAAAGCUAACAGUGUGUUAUGAAGAGACACAAAAUUAAAGAGGUAUGAAGUAUAGGCAAAUAAACCUCCAAAUGAUGAUGCUUGCUUCUUACAAAUCUGCUAACAGUGUUUAUACCUGAAAUUAUUUUGAGUUCAAGAAUGUUCAGGGGGAGGUGGUGGCCAGAGCUGUAGUACAAAAGGUAGAGUGCUUGCCUUGCAGGUGGCCGACACAGGUUCAAUAUCUGGCACCACCAGCAUCACCAGGAGUGAUCCCUGAACACAAAACCAGUAGUAAGCCCUGAGCAUAGGUGAGUGCAGCCCAAACUGAAACAUCAAAACCAAGAAAGUUCUUUUUUUAAGCUUGUUUUGUGAAUGGAAGUAUUAAGAGCUGUAACUUAAUGUUUUGUUUUUUUUUUGGGGGGGGGGGGUCCUCACUCGUGAUGCUUGGGUUACUCCUGGCUCUGAACUCAGGAAUUACUCCUGGCGGUGCUUGGGGAACCAAAUAGGAUGCUGGGGAUCGAACCCAGGUCUGCCGUGUGCAAGGCAAAUGUACUCCCUGCAGUACUAUUGCUGUAGCCCAUUGCUUCACUCUUAAAAGUAAAGACCUCCAUGGGCUGCAGAAAUCAAUCAACAAAGCUAUUCCAGAAAUAGAUACCAACAUUCAUUUUUAAGGUGUUCCAGUUAAUUUUCUAAUCUUUGGAAAGUAGGGGGGAAAAGUCUUUGAGCUCAGUGGAAAUUAAAAGGUUCAGCUCUGGGUACAUCUCUAAUGAGAGAGUGAACUGCUUAAUUACUUCUAUCUGAAGUGUGUGUGUGUGUGUGUGUGUGUGUGUGUGUGUGUGUGUGACUAGACUCCUGAGAGGCAUUUUCAGCACUAUGGAAUCUCAUUUUACUGCCCUUGGGAUCUAAUGUCCUGUCUUAGGUAACACUCUAGAAAACAGAGAAAGUCUGAAUUUUGUGCCAGAUUAUACCUUUUGGAAAUGAUGAGAUCAACAUUCAUGAGAUUGGCAGGUUCCCAUGCACUGUCAGAAAAUUUGACUUUUGGGUUUGUGUAACAGACAACACUGCAUGAGAGAUGGGUGCAGAAGUGUGGACGUGCCACUCUGGUCUUGCAAGAACCAGUUGCUUUGUGGGUAACUGGUCCUUCUGCUUAGAUGGAGUCAGCACAGUUGGAAUAAGUACAUGGUUAUUUAAUUGAAUGAGUUGUCAUUUGACUUCCACAAUGGUAGAAGUACUUGUCACAAAUUGUGAACUUUUUAAAAUAUAGUUAUGAUAAACUAUAGCCUGAAAACAUUUUAGAAGGCCUUGAUUCUGUGAAUCUUCUU